AAAUACAAAAGUAAUGCAAUAACUAGACUUUGCUUUGUCACUGUGAAAUCUGCACCACUACUGUUUAAUCUGUUCACAGCUUUGAUGUAUAAUACAGUAGGGACUUCCAUGCAGAUAAGCUGACUCAGUUAUUUUGUACAAUCGAGAGGCAGAUUCUUUUGAUGUCACAUGAUGCAUAAAAGGCAGCGCGCCAGUGAGAAGAACAACAGAAAUCAAAUAGCGUGACCAUGAGCGGAAAGAUCAUCUUCUUUGAGGGGAGAAACUUCCAGGGCCGCUCGUAUGAGUGCGUCAGCGACUGCUCUGAAAUUGCCUCUCACCUGAGCCGAUGCAGCUCCUGCAGGGUGGAGAGCGGGGCGUUCAUGGUCUACGACCAGCCCAACUACACGGGCCAGCAGUACCUCCUGACCAGGGGAGAGUACCCCGAGUAUCAGAACACCAUCGGCUUCAAUGACUGCAUUCAGUCCUGCCGUGUCGUCCCUGUGCAUAAGGGGCCCUUUAAGAUGAGGAUCUACGAGAAAGCAAACUUUGAGGGGCAGAUGCAGGAACUGACUGAUGACUGCGACUCCAUCCAGGACCACUACCACAUGUCUGACAUGCUGUCCUGCAAUGUGAUGGAGGGCUACUGGUUGAUGUUUGAGCAGCCAAACUUUGAGGGCAGGAUGUUUUAUCUUAAGCCAGGAAAGUACAGGAACCUCAGGGAGAUGAGCAGCGACGAUAUGAGGUUCAAUUCUAUCAGACGCAUCACAGAAUCAUAA